AUGCGCAUUUUCAUUGUCAUCCUGGUUUUAGUUUUCGUCUCGAAGGAGGCUCAAGCUUGGGGUUUCAAGAAUGGAGUACUUCAUAACUCAAUUUGGCUGGAACAAGCAGCUGGAGUUUACCACCGGGAAUCUCGCAAAGGGAGAUAUCAGCUGACCUACAAAGAAGCCAAGGCAGUGUGUAAAUACGAGGGGGGAACUUUAGCCACUUAUGAUCAGCUAGAGGCCGCCCGCCAAAUAGGUUUUCAUGUGUGUGCAGCUGGAUGGUUUGACAAAGGACGUGUUGGAUAUCCUAUUGUCAAAGCUGGUUCUAAUUGUGGUUUUGGGAAAACUGGAAUAAUUGAUUAUGGUUAUAGAGUCAACAAAAGUGAGAGAUGGGAUGUCUACUGCUACAACCCUCAUGCGAAAGAGUGUGGUGGAGUGCACACAGAUCAGCAGAAGGUUUUCCACUCCCCUGGAUAUCCAGAGGGAUAUCAGGACGAACAGAUCUGCUACUGGCAUAUUCGUGUGCGCUAUGGUCAGAGGAUCAGACUGCACUUCCUGGACUUUGAUAUUGAGGAUGACACAGCCUGCCUCAGUGACUACCUUGAGAUUUAUGAUAGUUACGAUGAUGUUGCUGGCUUUGCUGGAAGGUUCUGUGGAGAUGAGUUACCAGAGGACUUUAUCAGUACAGGUAACGUCAUGACUCUGAAGUUCAUCUCGGAUGCUUCAGUGACAGCUGGUGGUUUUCAGCUGGAGUACAUCGCUGUGGAUUCCUCCACCAUCUCAGAAAAUUAUACUGACUCCUACACUUGA